UGUAAACAGUCAAUAUUUCGGUAGCCUGAAAUAAUCGAGUCUUCGCGUAGAGCGCAACAUGCGCGUACGCGUCUCGCGUUCAGACGUCUGAAAUAUUCAAAAUAUAUCUCAGACGCGAAACAGUACACACGCGUCUUUUGUUUUAGCUUAGAUAUUAAAAUAAUGUAAAUUUAUAUUUUAAUUGAAUAAUAAAUGAAUUAUUGUACUUAAUGUGUACAAAGUUUUUUUCGCGAUUGAUGUUGUGUUCGAGUGAUUUUUAUUGCAUUGUUAUAGACAAAACAUAGUUUCGUAGAUUUGAUAUAGAAUCAAAAAUAAUGAUUCAGUGUUCGGAAUCUUAAUAAAUACUAGUAUAAACUAUAUUUGUGCGGUUUCCGUGCCAAAAGCCAUGUGUGGGUGUGAAUGUAUCUGUGAAUGUUCUUUAAAUAAGUGUUUAUGAUUUAAACAUGGUGGCUAUUCUUGAUGUCGGUACUAAUAAUAACUACUUUGCAUCAUUUUUACCUACUGUUAAUUCACCGCCUGUUCCCCAUCGAGAUAUCACUGGAGCAUCUACUACAUCUUAUAGGCCAUAUAGUGAAGAAUAUGCUUCCGUCCAGCGUCACUUAGAACGACCAAUUCAAACAGAAGUUGAUGUCGAACGAACGAAAAAGGACAAAAAAUGGUCCAUUGGUAAACUCUUUCGAAGAAAAAAGAAAGAGGAAGAAAGUGGUUCAUCGUCACAAAGCGACGAAGGUAGCAAUCGUUCACCUUCAAAGAGGAAAAGCAAAAAGAAAAAACGCCCCCCAGCUGUCAAUAACUUCGACCACAUAGUAAUUAGAGAUGGCAGACGUGCUCAAAGUUUGGCUAAUCCGACACGAGAUGCGACUGACGAUGGUGUUUUAUCCGAUCCGUCGGCAGGAUUUAUUAAAUACAAAUCCGAUAAACAUGAAAUAUAUGGUGCUUCAAAUGAACAAAUUCAAAUUCAAAAUAAUACUUCUCGAGCAGGAAAGGGUAUUCUUGAGACACCUUCACGUAAAAAAAGAAAAAACAGAUUGAAAGCUCGAGUAGAAGCUCUGCGAAAUAGCAUGAGAGGAGAGUCGAGCAGUGAUGAAGAAUCUUUAAAAUCAUCUUCGAAUUCCUCUUCCAUGAUUAGGUUUCGAAGUGAUGACUCAUUAAUGAGAUCACGAGACAGUUCACUUAAUAAAAGAUCUCGAAGUGCUCGUAACGAGAGAUACAUAAAAAGGUUAUCACGUGACGAAGAAAAUCAGUUAAAUAAAGAAGCAGAAUUACUUCAGCAGGGCUACACAAAGGCAGAAGUUGAAAUGCUAACUAGAACACCAACAAGUCAAAGUAGUGGUUACGGAACUUGUAAACGAGAUCCAGCGUCAAAAAUCGCAACAGAACAUUUAAUUGUAAAUGAUACUAACAGACGACCCUUAAAAUCUGAGUCAAUAUCAUCAUUCCCUUCAACUCAAAGUUACCCAUCAUCCAUUAAUUUUAACGCAAAAGUCAAUAAUGAGCGCAUUAAUUAUUCUAUACAAUAUCCAAAGAACAAUACUAAUAGAGGAUCACUAUAUCUUAACAGUAAUAGAGAGAGCAGUGUCCCGAGCCAAUACGAAACUACUGAAAAUAUAAUGUGUGUUAAAUUUCCUCUAGGAAACGUUUCUAAUAUUACAAAAGAAGAAAAAGCCCCACCAGUGCCGCCUCCUCGUGAUAUGCACCGAAAAGUAGUAACACCUCUGUCGAUGUAUUAUGAAAAUAAUUCUAUAGUAGCCGACCGAAGGUCUAAUUAUAAUGUAAAACAUGGGGUCCAUAACAAUGAUUUUGAAAGAAUAAUGAGACGAAGUCAAGAAAGAUUAGUUAGUCAUGGACUUAAUGGCUUACGCCGACCUAUAUCAAAUUCUGAAGAUCAUAUAGCUAUUCAAAAUAAUGAAAGUAUUCAUAACUAUAUGGUUAAACACGAACAGCCUCGAAGACCAGCAUCUGUUUCAGCAGAACCAAACCACUAUGGAUCCUAUAUAAAUAGUCCACCCUGGAGAAAGCAGGUUAGUCAAGUUGGCAUAGUAAAACCAGAACCUGUCCAAUUAAAUCAAGAUUAUUUAUACUACGCGGAUCAAAGCCCGAGAUCGCGCAGGCCAAUUAGUAUUAAGACUAGUCAGAAUAGUUAUCAGAAUCAAUAUUUAAGUGAUUCGCACGUAUCUAAAGAUGUUAACGAAAAGGUUAGUCAACGUCCACGAAACGCUUCAGAAUUUUGGAAAAAAAUUGACGAUGCAGAAAAACAAAGAAAACAACAAAAUAUGUUUGCAAACUCAAGAAGUAGCAGUGAAUACACGAAUUCUUCACAAAUCAACAAACCUUUGACUGACCAAAAAAAGUUGACUUGGAAUAGAAUUAAAAAUAAUAGUGAAAGUACAGAUAAUUUAAAUAAAAGUAAGUCUGUUGAUAUUAUAGAUGGUGCUAGAGUAUGGAAAGCAACAACUGAAUAUAAAAGGUCCACUACUGUGGAGCCACAGAAAACUGUUUCUUCUCCUACAAAAACACAUGUUCGACACAAGUCAGACACUUAUGUCUCGAACACAAGCCAAAUUCCUUCCGAUGAUGAGAAAAGUUCAGAGAGACGAAAAUCUACAAAUCUUGACGACGCAUUGAAUGAGUUGGAAGCCAUAUAUAAUAGUUUAGGUUUGGGAGAUGAAGAUUUAUUAGACAGAGCUGAACGUCGUGAGUCAAUGACGCCGAACUUUUACGAUCAUUUUAAUGAUUGGAAUGGUAAUGAUAAUGAUGUUCAAUUACGCAGUCAACCGUCGACGCCGCUAAGGCGGAUAUCAAGAAGGUCCACCUUACCUGAUAAACUACAAGACGAUAUGGCAUUUAGAAGAAUGAAUUCUUUUUCAAGCAAAGAUAAACCAAAUUAUAAAGAAGCGCAGGCUCAAAUAAGUUACAUGUUAGCUUCACCUGUCUAUGUUCCUUAUGCAUCAGAUGACGAUAGGCAAUCAGUACGAAACGAACCUGAUGUAGUUUUUGAUGACGUUGUUUAUAGGAACAUAAAGCAAACGAACAAUCGACUAAAAACUAUUGAUCCACAGCCACCAUUUGGUAUACCAGUAGGGCCUAUCUCACCAGCUCCACAAAGUGAUUAUUUACAUGCCACACCUGAAAAUAAGGGAAGGUCUCGAUUCGUGCCAAAGAGAUCACCUGAUAUUGUGGCAGAUGAUUUAGCCUAUAGAAGUUUGAGAAAAGAUAGUAGGCAUUCGUCCCUGUUUAAUGGAGAAAAUUAUAAUAGUUACGUUAACAACAAUAGCUACGCUGAGUUUCCCUACGGUAAAGAUUCUGCUGCCAGUCUUAAAAAGAAAAGAGCUGUACGAUCCCUUUCAGCAAAUAUUUUUACUAUGAUUCAAAAAGAAAUAGACGAUGCUCUGAACAUGAGUAAAAUGCCAUCGUUACAAAAGACACAUAGUAAUAGUGACGUCAUGAAGAGACUUCGAGAGACUUUUGAGAAAAAUGACAGCCAGAAGGAGCAUUAUCCCCGUAAUAAGGUAAAACAACGGCACAAUACUAUCAACUUAUUUGCCAAUUGCACUCAAACACCUUCACAUCAUUAUGCAAAAGAUGAUUCAUUUAUUUAUAAUGACGAUGUAUGUCUUGCUAAACCACCAUCAUGUGAUAAAUCAAAAAGCUCAUCUCCAUCUAAUCGAUCACCUCAAAUAUCAAAACGAUCAUCCAAAGACGAAUUUCAACAGGUCCUUAGUAUGCUAGCACAAGAGGCUAUGGAUACUAGUAAUAAAUUAGGGGUCGCUUUAGCUGAAUUAGACAAAAAUCGAAACAAAACUGAGGUAUCAGACAUUCAAAACAGAAUAUCGGACAGUAGAACAAAUUUUUUGAAUGGCUUAACCGAUGAAAAAUCUGAAAAUCCUAUACUUAUUAUGAACCAAAAUACAGAUGAUUUACCACAAUCAUUUAAUAAGGAAGAAAAUACUACCGCGAAAAAAACUGAGGAUAGUUUAUUGUUAAUUUCUGACCAAUUGCAUAAGGUUGAAGAUCAGAUAAAGUACAACUUCGAUAAAGAAUUACAGUCGAAAGGUGAAUUUUCAUUUUCUAAUAAUAUUGAAGAUUUAAACGAACCAUUGAAAGAAACAAAAACACCUUCAUUAUCAGCUGAAAAAAAUAAAGUUCCCGAUGUUAUACCACAAAUUAUGCAGAAAGAAAAUAUCACAUGUGAAAACUCACAUGAUGAACAGGAUAAAAAAACGACACCACGGUUUAAUUCUCUUAACCCCUUUUUGAACACUGACAAUAAAGUGAAAGAAAUUAAUGAAAUAAAAGCUUUUAAAGAAUUGAAAGACGGGAUAUCAGAUUUAAUAGCUGGAAUAGCCGAGGUAAAUGAAAAACUUUUUGUUUCUAAGUCUCCAAAAAUAGAAGAAAAACUUGCCGAGUCUAAUGAGUUAGCCUUAACAAUAAACAACGACAAAUCGAAUGAAACAACGGUAAAAAGUAGUACUCACAUAGAUCCAAUGAAUAGAGUAUCUACUACUCUAUCUAUAUACGAAGAUGAUAUAGAAUCUAAAAAAGAUACAGCCGAUUCAACUGAGUACAAUUCUUCAGAAGAACUGGCUACGAUAUUUAAACUCGAAUAUGAUAAAGAAACUAAAAAUGACAAUGACAGUCACAAUAACAAUGACAAAAAAGAACGCAACAACUUAAACUCCCCGAAUCUUGUAAAAACAGUUAGUCAACAUUUGAGGAGAUUUUCUGUAGACGAAAGUACUAGUCAAAGUAACAGUACACUGCCAACUACUGUAGUCCCAUGGAGAGCUAAACGGCAAAACAAUAAUUCACAAAAUGAAAAAAAAGGCGAUAAUACGAAGUCAAAGCGCAAUUGGCACGACUCAGGCACGUUGAUGCUAGCUUGUUCCUACACAUUAAUGUUCUCACAGCACCUGGCAGACCUGGAUUGGUUGACGCUGCUCGGCUUGCUGUUGGCAAUGAUCACAAUCAUCGCUAUGCUUAUAAUUUAACGUUACACAAUAACGUAUUAACCUUAAGUAUGGCAUAUAUUUUACAAUAUUAGACUCAUUCAUAGUAUUUUACUUUUUAUAUUGUAUAAUUACCUAUUGCUCAGGUUAGGCACACAAAUAUUUAAAUAAAAAGUAAAAAAAAAAAGUUAAAUAAAAGAAAAAUGUAAAAUUUGUUUCUAAAUUUGCUAAUUCUGACUUAAACGAUGAAAUGUUUUUAACUUUAAUAUAUUAUAGUACUUAAUACGUUACUUGUGAUUUUGUAUUGUAUCUUUUAUGAUUUUUUAUAUCUUGAUGUGUGCCAAAUAUAAUCACAGCCAACAAAGAAUACAAGUGAAAAUCGUUUGCCCCAAUAAGUGCUCUGCCGACCACUUUUAAGAUUUUACUCCGGUAUUAAUUUUAAGCUAUUGUAAUUAAUUUGUGUAUAGUUAUUACCCACUAUUGUAUUAAAUUCUUUUAUUGUACGUCAAAUUACUACUUACUUUUAUGUAGAGGCUUCCAGUUACGAUUUGAUAGAGCGUUAUUUAUAUGAAAAGUUACGAUUCAAAUAAAAUGUUUCAGUUA